AGUUUCACCUAAAUAAAUAAUUCGGUCGGGACUGCGCCCCGCCUCAGCUCUCUACACAUAUGUCAUCUUUUCGGAAGAAUGGUGCAGACUUCUACCUUGGCCGGGAGCGCCUGGCGCUGGUGCCAGAGAUUCUGGCGGCAGCCGCGUGGUGGGCGAACAGAAUCGAGGGACUUUCCAACGAGCAGAUGGAACUGUUUCGACAGAACCUGGCCAGCGCCCUGGUGGAGAAAUACAGAGGACACUGGGACGCGAGCGAGCCGACCAAGGGAAGCGCAUACAGGUCUAUUUUGUUCGACGAGUUCAACUGCGACCGAGUUUUGCAGGCUGUGGCGAGAAACACGUUCAUUUCGCAAUUUGAGUGCCGGCUUCCGGCGGAGGCCGUCGUCAUGUGGGUCGACCCGGGAGCGGUCACCGUGAAGUACCUCACAAGCAACAAGGUCAAGGUCGUCUACGACGCCGAGGAGGUGCAGGGGGGUCCUACGAUCUCCGCGGCGAGUUCGGAGACGCUCAACUGCGCGCAAGAGUACACCAUUGCAUUUCAGGGGAACGUGACGGGACAGCAUUCGAUGCCGUUCCAGCGCGUGUGAGAAAGCGGCCACGCAUUUUUGUCCCUUGAGCUUGAGGCUACGGUGGUGGUGAGGAGAGAAAAGAAAAAAUGGCGAGAAAAAAAAUUGAUGCUCAGUGCGAAGUGUGAGCGCUUUAUAUAGAAUAAAUGUGUAUAUGUGUGUAGCUUUUUAG